AUGGAAACUCAUAAGAAAAUUUAUAAAAGAAGAAAUGAGCUGCCUUUAAAUAAAUUUCAUCAACUCAAAAGAUCAAAAACAAAUCAAAAGGAAGGGGAGAGUUGUAAGAAAUUAAAAAAAUAAGUAAGAGAUCUUCAAAGGUUGAUAAAUAAAGGUCAUUUAAAUGAAGAAAUAAAAUAGACGAAACAAUAAGAUUUAGAGACCAAAUAAAAAUAACUAAAUUAGAAAUAGAAUGAAUACAAGUAGCAAUAGAAAAAAAUUGAUUAUUUUGCCAGAAAAUAUAAGAAAAUAAAAUAAGUGGAUUUGAAAAAGUUGAAGAGACAAUUAGAGAAGAUUCAAAAAGAGCUAGAAACUACAGAAAAUAGGGAACCGUUGUUGGAGUAGGAAUCUGAAAUACAAGAGAAAAUUAAUUAUGUCAAAUAUUAUCCUAAAGAUUAAAAAUAUAUUUCAUUAUUUGGUAAGAAUUUGAAUGAUCAUGCAAAAGAAUAAUAAGAACUUUUAAUUGACAAAAGCAAAAAGAAUUUCAAAUAAAAGGAGUUAAAGAAAUAUAGAAUGAUUGAGUAGACUCACAAGGAAGUUAAUGAUGAUUUUUUGAUGGAUGAAGAAAACGAUUAGGUUGUUAGCAAAUAAUUAGUUGAUAAAUAAGGAAAAGUAAUCAAACAAUAGAAAUUUAAUUCAUUACAAUGA